GUUCAAGUUCCUUUUGACACUUAUUUCAAAGUUGAUACCCUGAAAAAAUAUCACAGAGUCAUGACAAUGGAAGAUUUUAUGAAAAACCUUGCUCCUGUUGUGUGGCCUCCAGGAAAAAGAACAGUUUUUUGCUAUAGAAGUCGAGGAGAAACAGAUGAUUGCAAUGCCAAAGAAGGAAAUCCAUUUGGACCCUUCUGGGACACCUUUAAUGUAGACUUUGAUGAUUCUGAAUUUUAUGGCCCUCUUCAUUAUGAUGUUCAUCAUCAUCAGAUGUCCAAGAAGUGGAAUGAGAAGUACCCUCCAGAGAAGUUCCUCGUAAUAGCAUUCACGGGGGCUCCAGCCAGUUUCCCUGUCCAGAUAGAGAAUCGAGAACUACACAAGUACUUAGAAUGGAGUGAAACUGUUAAUGCUGCAGCUAAUACUUUCGUUAAAUCAGUUAUGCCAAAAGGAUCGUAUGUAGCAAUACAUCUCAGAAAUGGAAUUGACUGGACCCGUGCUUGUGAACACGUGCAGCACAGCCCUCUAUUGUUUUCAGCUCCUCAGUGUCUUGGCUAUAACAGUGAACAUGGCAAAGUGACUAAAGAAAUGUGUUUUCCAUCAAAAGAAAUAAUUCUUAGACAGCUGAAAAGGGUGGUAAAAGCCAUGAAAGCUAAAUCUGUAUUUGUGGCUUCUGAUAAUGAUCACAUGAUAAAUGACAUCAACAAGGCACUACAAAACUUAAAAGUUAAAGCUUACAAGCUAGACAAGUCCGAUCCACAUGUUGAUUUAGCUAUUAUGGGAAGAGCCAAUCAUUUUAUAGGAAAUUGUGUGUCUUCUUUUACGGCUUUUGUAAAACGAGAGCGAGAUGUAUUUGGAUUACCAUCAUCUUUCUGGGCAUUUCCACCAGAGGGGUCUGGUUCUAGUAGAAAUGCAGAAAACCAAAGCAAUCAUGAUGAAUUUUGAUUUUCAAAAGUAAUGUGCUAUGCACUAGGUAUUACAAAAACUGUUAUCAUGCUACAUGUAUUUAAUAAUAGAGUCACCAUGCACUUAUAUUAUUACACAUUUCACCCAAGUUAUAUAUGUGCCUCAGUUACAAGUUAUUUUUUUACAUGAAUGUUAUUUUUUUUUCAUUUUGAUCUGAGAUAAACAUAUAUUUAAAUUCAAGGGAUUUUGUUUCAGUUAAAUCAUUGACUUGUAAUAAUGAAGAAAAAUAAUGCUUUCAUUCCAUGUUGGUUAGUCUGUCUAAUAGCCAUGUAAGAGUGAAUGGAUGUUUGUGUUUCAUAUAUUAUUUUUAAACAUCUAUUUCCUUUAAAAAGAAAGAGCUCUUUCUAGGUUAUUUUAACCAGGAGUUCAUAAUAUUACAUAACACAGAAAGGUUAUUGAACAUAUUUGUAAUAUUUCAAGUAUUCUGAAGUUAAUGUUAUAGAAUCUUCAGUGGCAUUUGCUUUAUCAAAAACAAUUUCUAAAUAUAUUAUCUUUUUUAGUGUGCAGUUUUACACCUAAUUUUCAAAACAUUAAUGUUUUUUAGUUGUAUAAUUGAUUUUUUUAAUAAAUUUAUUGUUAAAAUCCUGAAUGGGUAUCUUGGUUAUAAAUGAUGUGUUAAUAAAGUCCUAUUAAAUAGCCUUUGCUGUGUGACUUGCUGACCACAUAUUUGUAAUGAAAGUUAAUUAUUGUCAGUUUAUUCUAAGUAUAUUUUGAUAUAAUGAACAACAAAAAAAUAUGGAAUUAAAGCUUGUAAUAACUUAAGCUUUAUUCAACCAUGCUUUUAAAAGUAUUUAAAUUAGAUGCAGAAUAAAAAUAAUCUUACAAAGCAUCCAAAUCAAAGGCUUUUGUAUUUAAAGGAUGCUUCUUAUGAAAAAAUUGCCUAACAGAUUGUUCAGUUCUUUUAAACAACUCUUAUGGCCAUUAAUAGUGUUAGAAUAAUUUUACACAAGGUUACAUUCAAUAAUUUGUUUUUCAUUUCAAUCAUCUAAAUUUCUACAAGAACCUAAUGUUAUUUAAACUGUCUAUAAAUCAAACAACUUCAAAUAUAAAUAUGCUUUCUAAGUCAAUAGAAAGCUUUUAAUAGAGUCUCAAACAUGAUUUUUUAAACUUGAUUAUUUCAUUAUUUCAUGGAUUCUUAAUAACUAUAACUAAGUUAAACCUAUUUUGCCUUGAUAAUCAUGGCUUUUGUUUUAGAUAAUAUAGUAGACAAGUUAGUAAUAUGUCAUAAAAUAAUUUUAAUAUUAAAUAUCCACAAAAACUUCAUUUGUUUCUGAAGUAUUGAACAAGAUUAAUCUCGUUGGUAAUUUAUAUAUUUUUAAUUAUUUUAUUUUUCAACCUCAACAUAAAUAACUCCUUUUUUUUAUUUAGGUAUCACAUCUAUAUCAAAAUUAAAUAGUUAAGUGUGAAAAUGAUGCUUAGAAAAGCGUAUUUGAAGCUGUGACAGUUACUAAAGCUUGUAGAUAACUCUUGGCAUUGUGUUUAAUUGUAUUCAUGGAAGUGAAAGUUCAAAUGCAUAAAAUGCUUACAGGAUUUGUUUAAUUUCAGUGUAGGGUUCCUUUGUUGCACUCAGGUUUUGAUACAAUACAGAUUAUUGGGUGCUACUGUAGCAUGUGGUCUACUAAGAUAUUUACACUAUAGCGUGCGAUCUACACAAGUACUCUCAUCAUCACCAUUUUGAUGAUUCACUAAAACAUAAUUUCUUGCUAAAUAAUUUAUAUCUAUCCACGUUUUUGUUCAGCAAAUAAUAAUAAUUAAUAAAUUGUGUAUUCCAAAGGAGUACCUUAAAUUUAGGUUAUAAUUGUGCUGGUUUUGAUUGUUGGUAUUUAUUUGAUUCCGAUUAUACUUGCCCCAAAAAUGUUAUGUAAUGAUAUUUUGUACAUUAUUAGUUCAGAAGUGUUAUUUAUAGCAAAUGGCACCAAUUGCAAAUAAACAAAAGUUAACAUGGUGAUGAUGAUAGUAUCUGUGUAGACCCCACACUAUAGUAGCACUGAUUAUUUUAGUGUUUCCUUUGUUGCACUCAAGUUCUGACACAACACAGAUUAUGUUUAUCAGUAAACAAGCAAGUUAUUCUUGCAUUUACUUAAUUAAUCACUGGGAAUUAUAAAAAUAAAGAGUGCCAGAAAACAAGAGUAGCCUAUAAUCUAUGUAGCAAGAAAAUAUCAUGCAAGAUAUUUUAUGGUAGUGUGUCGUAUCAAAUUCUGGAAAUAAAGGAUAGUCUUUCAUAGAAAAUGAAACAUUUUUCUUUGCUAUUUUAGCAACUUCUCUCAUUACUAAAAUAUAUUUUAUAUGUACACAUUAUAAAGGUUAUGAGGACCAAUCUUGUUUACAUUUUAAUAAAUAUUCAGAUGUUCAAGUUGUAUCCGUGAUACAUUUUUAUGUUCACUGUAUUUUUUUUUGUUUGUUAUGUUUCUGAUUAAAUGUUAGAUCUACAUUUGUUGGUAACAAAAGUACCACCAUCUUCAGCAUCUGUUGCUGUUGUAUUUAGCAAAAUAUUACUUAAUAAAAGUUGCAUGCAACA